AUGCGGCAAGUCUUUCGCACGAAGGGAUGUUUUACGGCGCCAUAUCCGCCAUCAGCAUGGAGAAUCCGCUUUCCAGAAGAUGAACCCGCGUUCAAGACGAAAGAGCUGUCUUCGUUGCGCGCUGAAUGCGGCAAGAGUGGAUUGCUCUGCCAGUAUAAUUUCGAGCCGUCCUCGAAGAACACAGAGUCGAAUGGAUACGAUAGGCAACAACCUGGAAAAGAGCAGGCCCCUCGGUCGCCUCCCAAACGUGCCAGACUAGAGAUCGAGGAAACUGGGACUUCUGCUGGACGACAGAUGACAUCCACGGCGCCAACUCAGACUCAAAAACCAUCCAGUCUGGAGAAUCAUUCAAGCCCAGAGUGGGGGUUCACCUGGAAUCGCGAAUCUAAUAGUGUCGAUAUGGAUGGCCUCGCACUCGUAUGUCAACCUGAUGGUUCAUUCGGACAGCAAACCGCCAUAACAUCUCAUCGCGAUCACAAUGAUAUCAACCGGACAAGUGAAAACCGUGGCGUGGACAGUCAUGGUCUUUUCACGCCCCUCGGGCUUGACUCUGGGUUGACUAGACACCACGACACUGGCCUAAAACGAUCCGGACCGGAGCAGCUGUCUUCAGAACACUGGGAUCUUCUUUUUGAGAUGGAGGACCCUCAGCCUGUGGACCUCACAUCUCACGGAACGUCCGAAUGCCAAAUGCCCAACAUGUCGGAUGAAGGGUUUCCGGAUUUUACCAUCAUGCCAGAAGAUCUAGUCACCGCGGGCGGUGAAUUCCAUCAGCCGUCUAGAACGCUACUUCAACCUCGCCAACCGUCGAGUGAAUUCUUACAAGGUCCAGAGAGCCUACCAAACCAUGAACGCACACCAGAACCGUCCGUUACAAAUGCGCCCAGUCUUGUUUACGAGGAGAUAUACAGAUCUAUUAGUGGUCCCAUAGAGCUUCUCGGGUCUGAGGGUGGCAGCGAGCCCGCCAUUGAACUAGAACAAAGUCUGGCUAGGAGGAUUUAUCGAGUCAUGCAGCAGACCUCUCUUGGUCAAAGUGGACUGGCCGCCGACGUUCCUUCUACAUUCCCGAGCUCAGUUCAGCUCUCGGCCUUCUGGGACUUGUACUUUCUCUACUUUGACAGGCAUUGUCCCAUCCUACACCGACAUUUGGUGAACCCGGUGUCCUGUUCACCCCUAAUUGCGGCAGUUGUCACUGUGGUGGGGGCCAACUAUGCGGAUUCUGCCCAAAGUCGACUGUUUCAUCAACAAGGAAUUCAUAAGCUCGGUGAACUCUUACAGACUUCAGCCGACUGCGAAGGGCAUGAUCGAAACGUCGAAGGAUCCGUGCUGGCCGCGAUAAAGAAUGGGAACGACCUUGAACUGCACCACCGCUGGCUUGCGUGGGUCGAGGGGGAGACUUCGCGGCGACUCGCAUGGGCUUAUCUGGCAGCAAACUAUCUGGCAUCUGUGUUCCUUCACGACCGAGUUCUGCCCGAUCUCGAGGCACCGACUCUGCAAAUGCCUUGUGAGGAUAUUUUGUGGGAGGCAGAAAACACGAAUGUCUGGUCGAGUUGUUUCCCCUGGUCACACACUCCACCAAUCCAACUUCCAUUCCGAGCCACUCUUCGAGGACUCCUGCACCAAACCAUCGCACUGAGGGAUGUUUCACGCUUCGGGCGCCUCGUCUGUGCAGCCCUGCUCCAUUACGAGCUAUGCAGAGGGUCGUCUAGCGACGAAGUCGAACAACGGAAAAGCACCGCACACCUCUUCAGCGACGGCGGGAACGAGCAAAUGCUUAGGUUGGCAGCUGAUCUGGCAGACUCUUUCAAGAGGGAUAUCAGGGCCCAGCUCUGA